AGGUUUUCUUGCUUGUCCCUUUGCGGAUUUGUCAAGGUAUCAACCAGAAUUUUCGCUUAUGUAGCGAAGAUUGCUCACAACCCAAUUAAUUUACCAUACUACAUUCACUAACAACUUUUGGCACUAGGGAGACGCCUGGGAAGACGCAGCAACAAUAAAACGUGUAAAAAUACAACUGGAAGCAACGUGACUAAAGUGGAAGUCGAAAUAAGUCUUACAUCAACCAAGAAAGACAGGUGUUGUCUUUUUUUUUCCGAGCACACAGCAUCAGUGUUUGGAACAAAAACAGAAUAAUUUUCAUUUUUACAACUUUUUGCAAAAAAAUCUUUCAUCAAAAAGACUGUAAGGAGAAAAAAUGGUACUUACGCUAGCCGGGAGACGCACGCUGCCAGGUCUGGUGGUACUUGGGCACGCGGUCGACCACAAUCUGCUGGCGCUGAAGCGGCUUCGUGGGGCAGGUGCGCAUGCUUUUACUUUUCAUCGCAGAACAAGUCCAGCGCUACUAUGAAACAACUUUUUUCAGACUGACAGCAUGUUGAUUUGAAUGUAGAUCAGGUACGAUGAGUUCUCCUUCUCGCGACAAUUUUGAUCAUGCCGCGAAACAAACUGUAAUUGUGAACCUUUUUUUCAAAUAACAGAUGAAUUCCUGGCCGACAUCGAGAAGGACGUGGGGUUGGUCGAGAUUCACAAUUAUCCAUUGCAAAUGUGUCUGGGUCUGGAAACUUGUACUGCUGAGUUGGGAAUAGUGAAUGCUCUGUAGUGCACAGCCAAGCAUGAGAAAUAUCUGCGCUGCUUGGUGUUGCGCGUUUCGGUUUCGAAUGACAAACUGUGCUUCUGCAUGACAAGCAAAGCGGUCUCAUCUUGGACACGCAUCACAAAGUCUUCAGUCAUGCCAGACAAGCAUGACAAACCUUGCGUCCUUCCAGACUCAGACAUAUUUGCAAUGCAUAGCAAUUCGAUGUCGCUGCUGGCACGGGGAAGGGAGAAGCGGAAGCGGUUCUGGAAGGCAGUCGACGGGACCUGUGCUGUGGACGCGACAAAGUUGACGGCAGACCAGGAGCCCAUCUAUGCGUUGGCUUCUGCGUUGCCGAACGUGGCGAAUUUCACCGCUGCGGUGGGGGAUACCGUUAGCACUGAAUUCACCGCAUUGUUCGACGCCCUGGACACCAACCAGAAGGCGACGGCGAACAAUUCUGCGCAAGAACUCCACGACGUGCUGAAAAUCAAGCGUGACUGCGAGGCGGCGGAGGAUGAUACCACCUGCACCAGCGCCACCAGCUGUGCUUUCACCGCCGCAGCCGAUUCGUCCGGUGAGCAAACGAAUACCACCAGCCCGGCCACCGGCGCGCAGGGAACCUGUACCGUUGACGUGACCAAGGCGACCGUGACCGACAACAUGAAGACGAUCUUUGCGCUAAUUGCUAACUCGACGAUCGAUCUCACCGAUGUGAUGAAGGACAUUGGCACUGGCGACAACGGGGGGGCAGGGAAUGGAACCGCGACCGGGGUGAUCGAUCUCGUAGACCUGGAGAGCGCCUACCAGACUGCAACGUCGGGAGGUGCGGACGUUGUCGCGGCGCUCAAAACCUACCUCGAGACCGUUCUUGGUGUCGCUGGUGCAGCGGAUUCUGAAGUCCUCAAAGCGGCCUUCGUUGCCGCCACAGGCCUCCCGUCUACACAGCAACUGGAAGACGCCGCGAAAGAUCUUGCCGACGCACUUCUUGCUGACUCCAGCGAUUCUAAUGCGGUUGUUGCCGCUUAUGGGACGUUCACUCAAGCUGCGACUACAACAGCCCCACCUGUCGUGAACCCGGCCAGCGAGCUGACGGCGGAGAUCAACAAUGUGAUUGAUGUGGCAGUUGCCGCCAACACCGUGGCUGCUCUUACAGUUGCGUCAUUCCAGACUCUGCUGGAGGCAAAAGGCAUUGCGACUGGAGAUGCUGAAACUGCGGCCACUGCAAUUCUUGCCGCCGUUCAAGCCGCCUCCCCAGACCAAAAUGCUAUUGAUACAGCCAUCGCUGACGCCGUCGCGAAACUUCCGUCCGAGCAACCCUCUCCUUCCGUGAACUACAGCGAGAUUGCUCGCGACCUGGAACAAGCAAUGGUCACUGUCUUGGCUCCUGGUAAUCCAGCAGAAGGCGCAUUCAAACAAGCGAUGAAGGCAGUGUGGGCGUCGGUCCAAUUGGAUGAUGCACAUUCCGACAUGAUCGCAGAGAUGUUGUGGAUGCAGGCGACGGAUGCGGAUAAUGCACAGCCACCCGCUAUUGUGGCGCUUCCUGCUACAAUUUGGAUUGCAAUGCUGAAGAACGCGGGCCAGGAUGUGGCAGCGAAGGAGGCAAUUUUGAAACCACUUUUGAGUGCUGCGGGCAUGAACGGCGUUGAUGCAGUCGCUGGCCCAAUUGCAGCUGCGGAUCCACUUGCACAAGGACAAGCUUUUCAGGCUAGCUUGGAGCCGGUGUACAGGCAUCUUCAGAUGGCGAACCCCACUCCAGAAAUGGCAGCAGGGCUACUUGUGGGGGGCGUCAUGCAAGCUAUCCAUGGAACCGAUGCGGUCAGCGACCUCACAGCGGUUUUCGCCGGUGCAAAUAUUGCGCAAGGCACAGAAUCGGAUGAUGUCAAGAAGGGAGAAAUCAAAACGGCUCUAAUUGACGCGCUUCAACUUGCAUUUCCGAAUGCGAACGCCACCGAUCUAGCGUUUCCGGCGUCGGCGGUCGCUUUCGGAGAAGCGAUUGCUACUCAAUUCUACGAAAGUACCCCAGAUUGGAGUGCUGCUCUCGCAGAAUCUGCCAAGAUGCACCAGAUGGACACACUCGUUAAACUUAACCUUGCGGCUAGUUCGGCGGACGUGAGAGCUGGUAUCCAGGACGCCGUCGGGGUCGCUGGAGAUGAGGUACCUACUCCUGCACUGGAGGAUGUCAAAAAUACAUUGUUGACUGCAGUUCCCUCGUCUGUUGAUCGCUUUACUACACCCCCUUCCGCUGACGUGCAAACUCUGAUUGCCGCAGCCGAUACACUCGCUGCUGACUACUUGGACGUAUCUGAUGAUGCCAGCCUGCUGUCAAAACUCCAAGCGUUCCUUAAUGCGGUGACCGCUGCUGUUACUGCUUCAACUGGAGGAACCAGCUUUCUCCAGAUGAAGGAUCUGUCCGAAACCGUGAAGACUUCGAUCAACACGAUCUACGACAAUUUGGCCGAGGACAUCAAGAACCAAUUCAGCGUGGACGACCUGUACGCUGCGGUGAAACUGAAGAGCGCUUGCGAAAGUGCCACGACCCAGGAUGCCUGCGAGGAGACGAAGUGCGCAUUUGAACCGGCUACUUCAUCUUCCACAACACCAAAGCCGACAGACCCGGAGGUAUGAUCAUGAUUUUGUUCUUUCCUCCUCACGGAUUUAUUCAGAGUGAGACCGAGUGUGAAACCGAUAAUCAGAGUAUUUAAGGCAAUGUUUGCUUGAACAAGGAUGCCUCCGUUGUUCCUGAUGGUUUCAUCUCCAGACAGUUUUUGUGCGAGUAUCUAUGGGAGUUGAAAUGCAAAGGAGAAUGAUCCAGAUGACGAAUUUGAAUAGUGGCCAAAAUACGCAAGCAUGAAGAUAUUUUUGAUUGUCAAAAACUAAAUUUUCGACAGACCGCCGACGGCGAGGGGAGUGGCGAAAAAACCGAAAGCGGCAACAGCAUGCUGAUCGUUAUCAUUGUGGUCUUACCACAGUGAAAAAGCGUGUCUUCCCGGAAGCCCGGAUGCAUAUUUGAUACCAAGCGCGCUGGCUGUUUCAUCGCCGAACACACGAUAUUGUCACAAUAAACACGAGCAUUGUUAUUUACAAAAAACACGACAAGAAGAAAACAAAAAUGAAAAUCUGAAAACAUUGUAUGCAUAGUGGAGGAGCUCGAGCUGCAGUAUGAUAUGGCAGUAGUCGAAUGCCAGAUAUGUAGCAGCCGCACUCAGCCAAGUUGUAGUUGGGCAGAGAAAAUGGAAUAUAUUUAUAUGGUGCAGCUCGAUCACGACGGUGUAUUUCUAUUUGAUUUCGAUUUGCCAAAUCGAUCCGACUUCGACUUGGACUUCAGCCGUACAAGAACGUCUCUUAGGUCGCGCAGCAUCGUUGGUAUCUGUGAUUACCUACAAUUUGGUUGGCAAUACCUAGCUGAAGCGACUACAUUUGAGCAUUGACCCUGUAUUAUGUAUUCGGGCUUCCUUUGGGCACGUUUCCUUUCGAUAACUCGUUGCGGUUGUGGCAGUGGUUGGCGGUUUGGCUGCAUUCUUCCUGUGCCGUGGCGGUGGAAAGCCAGGUAACCGAAUUCAUGUUUUGGCAGAAAGAUAGGUUACUGGUGCGUACUACAGUUUAGAGUGAUACCCGUAGAGUCCGUUUUUCGUAGUAUUGGUCAUGAGCGGGAUUUGUUCGCUCGGCAGCAGUGCUCUGAGCGUUCUUAGCGGAGAUUACUGUUGGCGCAAGUACUUGGUAAAAAUAUCUUUCGGAAAGAGAAAAAAAGCUGUAACAUUCACCAAUGCCAAAACUCGAAACCGCGUACUAUGUAAAAAUCCGCAGGUGGGGCAGCACCGGCGGCGAAGGCCCCGGCGGGUGGUGGAGCCGCGGCCGCGCGCACUUCGGCCCGGAAAUCGGCGGCUGCGGCCGCCACGGCCGCGGCGCCAGCGGAGAAGAAGAGCCAGGGCGGUGCGGCCGGGAAGGCAAGCGUCGCAGGAGAAGCACCGAAAGCGGAGGAGGCGAAGGCGGACGCCGAAGCGCCGAAGGAGGCCGCGGCUGCGGCGCCGGAGGAUGCGAAGCCCGCGGAGGAGAAGCCCGCGGAGGAUGAAGGACCGAAACACUUGGCGGACCUCAAACGGGACCAGGGUGAUGAUGAUGAUGACGACGACGAGGACGAAGACGAGUAA